AUGUUGGCAGCGCUUCCUGUUUUGUCCCGUAUUUUUGUUGCUCUGAUUAUCCUUCGAGUGUCGCCUCUCGCUGUGUUCGAUACGCCCAUUAUGUCUUCUCAGGAGAAAGUCAAGCUUCCUCCUGGACUGAUUGCCGCCAUUGAACAGGAUGAUCUCGAGACUGUAAAGCGCCAGUAUGCGGAGCUUCCUAUCGCCGAACAAAAAAAUCAGCACACCUUGUAUGAGGCUGCCAGUCUCGCAACAUCUUCAAGUCACGCCGAAAUUCUAUCCUUCUUCUUCUCUGAAGGCCUUGUCAUCGGCACCCAAUCUGCCCACGAUUCUAUUAUUGAAAAGGCGUGUGGAGUUUCUUCCAUACCCAUAUUUCGGGUCCUGAUCGAAGAGGGUCACCUGGAUCCUUCUCGUAACCUAGAGCUGUAUGGCGAUCCUCUCACAGGUGCAGUCUUUCAUGGCGAUGUCGAACUCGCCGAGUUUCUCCUGAGUAAAGGCGCAGAUCCCAAUACCGACUACCCACUUGGCCACUAUAGCUCUCUAGUUUGGUCCAUCGUCGGCGAUCAUAAUCGCGAAGCACCGGACGGUGGUCAUCGUAUGAUGAAAUCAUUGCUCGAUGGUGGAGCAAUAGUGAAGGAAACUGGAGCGCUCAUAGCUGCCGCCGAUGUUGGGAACACGAUCGCGGUGCAGGUACUACUCGAAGCCAAGUCGAAAGGUCUCGAGGUAGACUUGGAGGACCUCACCGAGUAUGGCGAAUAUGAUUCCCGAAAGGAUGAGGGGACUGCCCUGUGGUGUGGCGCAAGAAGUGGCAAUCUGAUGGCUGUUAAUCUGCUACUCGAGGCAGGGGCAAGUGAGGAAUUUCGAGAUCGUAAGGGACGAACACCGAUCGAGAUUGCGCGUGCCAACGGUCAUCAAGACGUGGUAGAUAGUUUGGCAAGGUAG